UCUGCAGUGAAAUUAAAAGCUCUGGUCACACGGUUCCACACGUGCAAUAUUUACGAAAUAUGCGCAAUCUAAAGCUGCAAUAUUGCAAGGAGCUGGAUGCAGUGGCUCAUCCUCGGCAGCUGCUUCUGCAGCCGGAGUUGAAUGGCGACACCUCGGACAAGUCCUUCGUGGUGGCCGAUAACAAAAUCUACGUCGUGCAAGAGUCUGGAGAUAUCCGGCCAAAAGUCAUUGCCGAUCUGCCGGAUAUUGUGGGUGUGGAGUUCCUGCAGCUGGAUAAUGCGAUCUGCGUUGCCAGCGGAGCGGGCGAGGUGCUCCUCGUCGAUCCUCAGACUGGAUCCACCAGCGAGGGCACCUACUGCGACGUGGGCAUCGAGCGCAUGGCCUGGUCGCCAAACCAGGAGGUGGUGGUCUUCGUGACCCGCACCCACAACGUGGUGCUGAUGACAAGCACCUUUGACGUAAUUUCCGAACAGCCGUUGGACGCGGAGCUGGCGGCGGAUCAGCAGUUCGUCAAUGUGGGAUGGGGCAAGAAGGAGACGCAGUUCCACGGAUCAGAGGGAAAGCAGGCUGCCAAGCAGAAGGAAGGUGAUUCCACCGUCAACCAGGACAACCAGGAUCUUAACCAGGUAACUUUACUCUACAAUAAUUUAAGAGAACACAGACUUAUCUUUUAUAAUACCCCUCAGGAUGUUAACAUUUCUUGGCGCGGUGAUGGAGCAUUUUUUGUGGUCUCCUAUGUGGCCGCCCAGGUGGGUCGCACCUUUAAGGUCUACGACUACGAGGGCAAACUCCAUCACACAGCCGAGAAGAGUGCGAAUCUGCAGGAGGUGGUGGCCUGGCGACCGGCCGGGAAUUGGAUUGCUGUUCCCCAGAGUUUCCCCAACAAGUCCACCAUUGGCCUUUUCGAGAAGAAUGGCUUAAGGCAUCGCGAGCUAGUGCUUCCCUUCGAUCUGCAAGUGGAGCCUGUGGUUCAGUUGCGCUGGAGCGAAGAUUCGGACAUUCUGGCCAUUAGGACAGUUACCAAGGAGGAGCAACGGGUCUACCUGUACACGAUAGGCAACUACCACUGGUAUUUGAAGCAGGUGCUGAUUUUUGACCAAGUGGAUGCACUGGCUCUGCUCCACUGGGACACGCGAAUGGGAGCCGAACACACACUGCACAUUCUCAAGGAGAGCGGCAAACAGUUUGCCUACCGCUGGGCCUUCGCCGUGGAUCGUUACGAGCGAAGUGGCGUCGUGGGCGUCAUCGAUGGCAAGCGGCUAUUGCUUACGGAUUUCGCCAGGGCCGUAGUGCCGCCGCCCAUGUGCCAGCGCGUCCUGCAGUUGGACAACUACAUCAACGCAUUCACCUGGUUCGAGACCAGCUUGUGCGUAUACACCUGCGACCGCAGGCUGCACUCCUACGAGCCCAUGCAGCAGUUGAGCGGCCAGGAGCCACAGGCCUGCCUACUUAUGCCGGAUGCAGAGCUUUCACGGCUGCCCCUGGCCAAUCUUACCUACUUUUCGUGUGACUACCUGCUGGCUACCCACAGCUCGGGAGGAUCCACGCGUUUGAUGCUGCUAAACAAGGAUCCAGACGAAGAUGAGAUCAAUGAGAAGGGCGAGCUCUGUUACCGAGUGCAGAGCUCCCUGCGGAUUAAUGGGCUGGUGAACGCCCUGACCAUUGGCGCCAACGCAAUGGAUGAGUUCUAUGCGCAAACAGUGAAUAAUGGCCACACCUAUCAGGUGUCUCUGAAGUCAGACAAUACGCUCAAGGUGGAGCGAUCUCAUGUGCAGUUGACUCAGGCUGCUGACCAGAUCGAGUGGUUCACCAUCACCAGUGACUCUACAGGCGGUCUUAUUACCCUCCGCAAUCAACAGCUGCUUCAUAUGGAUGGCCAUCGCAUUGCCGAGGACGUCACUUCCUUCUGUGUGGUGGGUAACUAUCUAGCCUACACGCAGCUCAAUGCGCUGCACUUUGUUCGACUGAAGGAUCGCCGCCAGGUCGCUAGCAGGAACAUUGAACGUGGCGGCAAGCUGGUGACGGCCGUGGCCAGUGAGGCCCGUGUUGUUCUGCAACUACCGCGCGGCAACUUAGAAGCCAUCUGCCCGCGUGUCCUCGUACUGGAAUUGGUGGGCGCUCUGCUGAGCAGGAAGCAAUACCAGGCGGCAAUGCAAAUGCUGCGCAAGCAACGCAUUAACCUAAACAUCAUAUGCGACCAUAAUGUGGAGCAGUUUGUGGCAUCUGUGAAUAUCUUUUUGCGCGAGAUUAAGCAGAGUCAGUGGCUGUGUCUCUUUUUGAGUGAGUUACAGAACGAGGACUUCGCUAAGGGCAUGUACUCCAGCAACUAUGAGGCGGCCAAACAAACCUAUCCGUCAGACUAUCGGGUGGAGCAGAAAGUGGAAUAUGUAUGCCGGCUGCUGGUUCAGUCCAUGGAUCAGGCCACUCGCCCAGAGGACGUGGAGCGCUUCCGCUUGCCUAUAAUCACUGCCUAUGUAAAGUUGGGUCGGUUGGAGCAAGCUCUUCAACUCAUUUGGCGGGAGAAACAGACGAAUGCCGCCCUGGCAGAUCAGCUACUGAAGUAUCUGCUGUAUCUAGUGGAUGUGAACGAGCUGUAUAACGUUGCCUUGGGCACCUAUGAUUUCGGACUCGUCCUGUUCGUGGCCCAAAAGUCGCAAAAGGAUCCCAAGGAGUUCUUGCCCUAUCUCAACGAACUGAAGGCUUUGCCCGCAGACUAUCGCAAGUUCCGAAUCGAUGAUCAUCUUAAAAGAUACUCCUCGGCUCUUUCCCAUUUGGCUGCUUGUGGAGAGGAGCAUUACGAGGAGGCUCUGGAGUUCAUUCGUAAGCAUGGCCUAUACACAGCUGGGCUGGCCAGCUAUCGGGGGCACAUUGAGUUCCACAAGAGCAUAUGCGUGGCCUAUGCUGAUCACCUAAGGUCCAAUGCCAAAUUGGAUAACGCCAGUCUCAUGUACGAACGCGGAGGACAGUUGCAGCAGGCGCUACUCAGCGCCAAGCACACGCUUGACUGGCAGCGCGUCCUAGUGCUGGCUAAAAGACUGGGCGAACCGCUGGACCAGGUUGCCCAGUCGUUGGUGGGAUCGCUGCAACAGCAGGGUCGCCACAUGGAAGCCUAUGAGCUGGUGAAGGAGCACGGCGGUAACCGGGAUCGCCAGUUGGAAGUGCUGCUAGAGGGUCAUCUCUACAGCAGGGCCAUCUACGAGGCGGGUAUGGAGGAGGGAAAUGCUUUGGAGAAUAUUGCCCCCGCUCUGCUGGCUUAUGGCGCUCAGUUACAAAACUCCCUGCACGCCGACUUGCAGCUCUUCCUGGAGUACAAGCAGCGUCUGCUGGACAUUCGCCAGCGCCAGGCAAAGUACGGGGAGGGGGAUAACGAUGCGGAUGUGGACCUCGAGGAGGUGGACUUGCUGUCGGACACCACCAGUUUGCACUCCUCGCGCUACAGCGGCACCUCGCGGGGCACCGGCAAGACAUUCCGCUCGAGCAAAAACCGACGCAAGCACGAACGCAAGCUGCUCAGCUUGAAGCCGGGCAACCCCUUCGAAGACAUCGCGCUCAUUGAUGCGCUGCACAACCACGUCACGAAGAUCGCCCAACAACAGCAGCCUGUGCGUGACACAUGCAAAGCGCUGCUUCUGCUCGCCGACGAGGCGGUUGGGGAUCCCCUGGCGGCGUCACUGCAGCGUGAAUUUAAGACUCUGCUGCAGGAGGUGGAGGCGGCGCUGGACGAGAUCUGGACACCUGAGCUGGUGGGCAACGGAUCGAUGGCACAGCAUCUUACGGGACCCAAUGUGGACUACUUGGCGCUGCAAAAGGAGCAGCGCUAUGCCUUGAUAAGUCCCCUGAAGCGCUUCAAGCCACAGCUGAAUCUGAUGGACUGGCAGCACGAGAUCCUUCAGUGAGUCACCGAUGGAUGGAUCAUUGGAUUUGCGUGCAGCUCUCAUCCUCCCCCAAUCCGUUAUCUUCUUACCCAUCCCACUGUUUACUUUCACUGCUCUGAAAAUAAAAGUAGCAUUGAAAUGCUAA